AUGCUCAAUUUUAUUGAUCCUGGUUCACUGACUGCAGCUCAGCAAAUGUUCUACGAACUUCAGUUUUCCGAUCCAAAUGAUUCAUCUCCAGAUGACGAGAACCCGUCAUUCGAACAGCUUCAAUAUAGAAUCGAAAUUCCUCAGAAUCAUAUUGAACCCGAGACAGAAAUUGGAAAAAUUGAGGCUCUUUCUCCAGAAGAUCUUACCUACUUUCUGUAUUCGCCAGAUAACAACAAAAGAUUUUCAGUGGAUUCUGAGAACGGUCGAAUCUUUUAUGAUUCAGAUGAACCACUGAGCAAUGAAGAAGAGUAUUGUGUUGUCUUGGAAGCAAGAGAUUCUCAAGGACGGGUCACAAGAGUGCCCGUAGCCAUCAACAAUGGUGGACAGAGAAGGGAUUGCGUACUGUUCAGCACUGUGAAUCUGACACCAAUGCUACAUUUUGGAGACUAUAUUCCUGCUCCAACAAUUAUGACUCCAAGAGUUUUCACAUUUGCUACUGCACAACCAACAUCUCCAAUGACAACAAUCUCGACUACAAUCAUAGAUGCUACACCGAAGGCUAUAACAGAAUCACCAGCCACCAGCAGUUCUUCUCCUGGCGCCGAAACUGAUAGAACAACAUCAAUGUGGCAAACUUCUGAAAGUUUAUUGACUUCAACAGUGUCUUCUACCUGGCAAACAUCUGAAGUAACAACUUCAUCUGAUUGGCAGACGUCAGAUAGCUACGUCACGACAACUGACACAUCAUCAUCAUAUUCACCACCCACUUCUGAAUGGACCACAUCAUCUUCAGAAUUUUCUACACCAGAAUCAACUAUUGAUUACUCCACAUCGACAUCUGCGUAUCUAACUACUUCUGAUGUAGACUCCACAUCUACAGGAACUACUGUAACAUUUGUAGAUUCAACUCUAGAGACGGUCACUUCAACGGAACCAAUUACACCAUCCCCUAUUGACGGAACAACUUCAAUAGAAGUCAUGACGACACCUUCAAUAACGACUUCAGAAUCAGAGGGAACAUCACCAGAAUAUGUGACAACUGAAAGCACGAUGACUACGACACCUUCUGAUUUUCCGACAUCGUCGGACCAAAUGACAACAUCUCUGUCGUCUUACGGUACAUCGGAAAGUACAACUAUGGAAUCAGUGUUAUCUACUUUGUCGCCGUUUGAAUCUUCUCCUUUCCCUACACCUGACGGAUUCACUCUGGAACCUAUUCCAUCAUCCACAGAAUAUCCGGAAGGAACAACGAUGACAUCUCCUGAUGGAACACUUCCUAUUCUCUCUACUAUCUCCGAAGAUAUAUGGACUUCCACACAAGAGACACCUGGAAUUUCAUCAACACCAGAAGUCACGAGAAUCCUUCCAACUGAUCCAGCAACUCCUUCAACUCCAAUUACGUCAACAGAAGUAAUCUAUACUGUUUCUUCAGAUGGAACAUUGGAACCAGUCACAUCAGAAUCCUCGACGUCCUCCUCUGUAACCGCAACAGCCACAGAACCAAUCUACACUGUCAGCCCAGAUACAUCACCUGAGACAGAUGGAACAGUUCAGCCACCGAUAAGAAUUUCAACUGUUGGUGGAGAGGAUCACUACGUCACCUCCUCUCCGGCUCCACCUACUGGACCAGUCACAGCAUCAGAAACUCCUGGAGGGUUUACAGUAUCUGCACAGACAACACCAAGCGAUAACUAUGGUUUUGAAUGUGGUUCGACCACAACUCCGUUGACUGGAUACUGGAAAAUUGUUUGCGAAAUUCAAGAUAUGUCAAAACCGAAAAAUGAUCUCCGCUAA